AUGAGCACCCCGCACUGGUGGGACCAGCUGCGGGCCGGCAGCUCGGAGGUGGACUGGUGCGAGGACAACUACACCAUCGUGCCGGCCAUCGCCGAGUUCUACAACACGAUCAGCAACGUCUUGUUUUUCAUUUUACCUCCCAUCUGCAUGUGCUUGUUCCGCCAGUACGCAACGUGCUUCAACAGUGGCAUCUACUUAAUCUGGACUCUUUUAGUUGUAGUGGGAAUUGGAUCCGUCUACUUCCACGCAACUCUGAGCUUCCUGGGUCAGAUGCUUGACGAACUUGCAAUCCUUUGGGUUCUGAUGUGUGCUCUGGCCAUGUGGUUCCCUAGAAGGUACCUGCCAAAGGUCUUCCGGAAUGACAGGGGCAGGUUCAAGGCAGUGGUCUGCGUCCUGUCCGCGGUUACAACGUGCCUGGCAUUCGUCAAGCCCGCCAUCAACAACAUCUCUCUGAUGACGCUGGGGAUUCCUUGCACUGUGCUGCUCAUUGCAGAGCUCAAGAGGUGUGACAACGUGCGUGUGUUUAAGCUGGGCCUCUUCUCCGGCCUCUGGUGGACCCUGGCUCUCUUCUGCUGGAUCAGUGACCGAGCCUUCUGUGAGCUGCUGUCAUCCUUCCACUUCCCCUACCUGCACUGCGUGUGGCACAUCCUCAUCUGCCUGGCCGCCUACCUGGGCUGCGUGUGCUUCGCCUACUUUGAUGCCGCCUCCGAGAUCCCUGAGCAAGGCCCGGUCAUCCGGUUCUGGCCCAGCGAGAAGUGGGCCUUCAUCGGCGUCCCCUACGUGUCCCUGCUGUGUGCCCACAAGAAGUCCUCGGUCAAGACCACGUGA